AUUAAAAAAAAAGAAAAUAAUCCGAGCAGAUCCUGCCGUGUCCUGUACGCGGGGCAGAGCGGCGGGGAGGGGGCGGUGUCGGCCCGCCCGGCCCGGGCGCACGUGCCGCCCCGCCCCCGCCCGCUUUCACAACCGCGGCCGCCGCCGAUGUUUUCCUACCCGGGACCGGGCGCAUGGCGCGGCCGCCGGGGCCGCUUCUCCUUCUCCUCCCUCUCCGCUUCUUCCUCCACCUCGCCGCCGGGCGGCCCUGCGGCCCCGCCGGACUGCCGCGGGACACGGUGUUGGGCCACCUGGGAGCCAACAUCACGUUGACCUGCCAGGACGAGGUGCCUGCAAAUGCCACGGUGUUGUGGCAGGUGGAGGAGCAGGGGGCAGAGGGGAGCUGGGGACGACAGCUGGCAGAGGGAAACACGCUGCUCCUGCGGCGGCUGCGCUACGAGGACUCUGGGCACUACAGCUGCUCCGUGGGGAGCCACCUGCUGCGCUCCCUGCGGCUGCUGGUGGCAGCACCUCCCUGCCUUGCAGAGCCCCCUGAAACUCCCCAGGUCUUCUGCUACCGGCGGAGCCACGACAAGGAUGUCCUGUGUGAGUGGCCACAGCAGAAGAAGCCAUCCCCAGGGACACGGGCGACGCUCUGGGUGAAGCGGAGGUUUGCGGCUGAGAAUGCCACAGAGCAGCGGUGCCGCUACUUCUCCAAGGCACGGAAGUUCGUUUGCCGGCUGAAGGUGCCACCUGGCACUGAUGAUACCAAACCCCUGGUGGUGUCCACGUGCGUCAGCAACAGCGCCGGUGGCUCGGCCGGCAAAGACAAGAUCAUCACCCUCAGCGGUGUCCUGAAGCCAGACCCCCCGGUCAAUGUCACGGUGGAGGCUCUGGAGAAGGCGCCGCAGCGGCUGCGGGUGAACUGGUCCUACCCCCCCUCCUGGGACCCCCGUUUCUACUGGCUCCGCUUCCAGGUCCGCUACCGCCCCGAGCCUGCCCCGACCUUCAUGGAGGUGGAUCAGGUGACAACAACUUGGCUCGACAUCCGUGACGCGUGGCGCGGGACGAGGCACGUGGUGCAGGUCAGGGCGAAGGAUGAGUUCGGCCAUGGCACGUGGAGCGAGUGGAGCCAGGAGGCCGUGGGUACCCCCUGGACAGACCCUUGGGACCUCACCUCUGAAAUGGAGCCUUUCAGCUCACAGGUCCCCACAGAGGAUGGCACCUAUGGGGUGACACUGCCCCCCAACCUCUUCGGGGAGGAUGAUACUAAUGGUGCUCGUGGGUCUGUCAUGGAAUCCAGCACCCAGCCUGUGGCAUCCCCCUAUGCCUUCCUGGUCACCGGGGGCAGUCUGCUCCUUGGCAUCGCCCUGUUUGUUGGCAUUGUGGUGAGGUACAGGCAGAUGUGGUGGACAAGUGGGCAGGAGACGACCAAGCCAGAGGGCGAGGGGCAGCACAUGCUGGUCCCUCUAAGCUUACCCCCACCCACACUCAGUGAUACCCCUCUGCUCUCACACCCUGCCCCCUCAGCCCCUGGAAUGCUCCACACAACUCAGGCAGAUUAUUCCUCCUCAGGGCAGUAGCCAGGGGCUGAAUACGCUGGCAGGUGUCUGGGGGUUGGAUGGGGGGGGUCCCAGAGCUUUGAUGUAGCUAUGGGAGCAGUUCUCACCCCCACUACCUGGUGGCUCUGUGGCUGGGACAAGCCUCUGAGGAGGAGAAUCAAUGCCAUCCCCCAUGGGGAAGCAGCUGGGAAAAACUCAAACGGGGUCCUGGGGGCACCUUCAACACCAUGGCCAAGCUGGGAUGGCCAGGAGUGACAGCACUGGAAGCAUGGCUGCACCAGAGCUUGGGAGCUGGCCCAGGACCGGGUCUGGGGUCCCACAGGGAAGGGUCUGAUCCCUACAGUGCCACGGGGGUCGGGGAGGGAGGGCCUGGCUGGAUCAGCCCCAUACCUCUGCUCCUUUUUAAAGCAUAUGUUGGAGAAACAGGACAAUGUGGCUCAAAUAAAUGCUUUGGAUUUA